GAUAACACCCUGUACUUGGUACAGCAAGCCGGUGUACAGAAAACUUAACUUAGCAAGUUAACACAUUUCUGAAAAUGUCAGUUUCCUGCUUAACCAACUAUGUCACAAAAACUAUCUGUUCCAAUGGAGGAUCCAUGGAAUACAGGGAACUUCAUAGACUGGUAACUCAUUACUUCAGGAACAUGGACCACACCUUCAUUCAGAUCCUGGGAGACACUAGUAGGUUUUUUAUAGUUAACAGCAGCAAGGUAAAGACUACAGAGAGUGGGCUGAGUCCUGACAGUAAAAUCAUUGCUAAAACCUUGGUACGGCUGUGUGACCACUAUCCAGAAGGGAACUGUUAUAAUUGCCGAAGCCUUCAUCUUUGCAAAUUUUUGAUUUAUCAGAACUGCCAGUAUGACAAUGAAAGGAAUAAAUGCAGAAACUCACAUGACCUUCAUUCAGUCCACAACAGUAACAUCUUGAGAGCUAAUCAGCUUCAGGGUCUGCAGGAGGCUGAGUUGUCCCAGUUACUGCUCCAGAAUGACCCCUCUCUUCUGCCUGAGGUGUGUUCACACUACAAUAAGGGCAAUGGGGAAUAUGGAUCAUGUACCUUCAAAACAAAAUGCACCAAACUCCACAUAUGCCAACACUUUUUGCAAGGAAACUGUAAAUUUGGACAGCAAUGUAAGAGGAGCCACAAGUUUGAUGCAAAUGCUCAGAAAAUGUUGGAGGUCCGGGGUCUCAGUGCAGAACUAAUAUCCAACCUGCCUUCAAUAUAUAGCAAUAUCUACACCAUUAACUGCAGCACAGGCAGCAGUGCGGGAAAGGAAGUACGUACAAGGGAGCCAUCAGUAAGCUUCAUCAGUGAUGUGGACAGUGAUGAAAUCUGCCUUUUUUACAUCAGGAAACACUGCAGUUUUAAAGAAAAGUGCAUUCGCGUCCACUUCCAUCUGCCCUACAAAUGGGAAGUGUUUAACGGGUUGACCUGGAAAGACUUGCCAAACAUGGAAGAGAUUGAAAAGGCUUACUGCGACCCAGGAAACACAACCAGUAAUGAAUCUCCACCAAUCAAUUUCCUCACAAUGACUCUGGGAUCAGCUAAAGUCAGACGCCUUUCCACAGCUUCCUCAGUCACUAAGCCCCCACACUUCAUCCUGACUACCGAAUGGGUCUGGUACUGGAAAGACCAAUGUGGUGUGUGGAUUGAAUAUGGAAAUCAAGAUGAUGCUGAGAAUGUCUCAUCAGUCAACACUGAAGUCUUGGAGAAUUUGUUUCUAGCUGAUGGGGAUGGUGUUGUUCUAUUCAGCUCAGGUGGUCAGCAGUACACCCUCAGCUUUAAAGACAUGUAUCAAAAGAACUUGAAAUACAAAACAAAAAGGGAGGUGCGGAGAAGGCCUAAAUUUAUUUCUUCCAAAGCUGUGGACAUCAAGAUAAAGCGUGACUCUUCAGAGUCACAAAGCUUAACUGCUGUGUCUGUUCCAAGUCACUGGGACCAAGGUGCCUUGCCUGAAUUUAGAUACAAGCUGAUUGAACUUUCCAAAUCCUCUGGGGAAUUUCAACACGUUGAUGGUCUCUUCAAGCGGACCAUGGCUGCAGCGACCGUUCAUAAGAUUCAAAGGAUCCAAAAUCCAUCUCUCUGGAAAAUGUUCCAGUGGCAAAAAGAACAAAUGAAGAAGAAAAAUGGAGGGGAGAGUGUGGAUGAGAAAAUUUUAUUCCAUGGUACAGAGCAAACCCUAUUAGAUGCAAUCUGUGAGCAAAAUUUUGACUUGAGGAUCUGUGGAGUCCAUGGUUCACUGUAUGGGAAAGGGAGCUACUUUGCAAGGGAUGCCUCAUAUUUUCACAACUAUUCCAAGACCAGGAACGGUACCCAGAUCCUCUUUGUGGCCCGGGUGCUGGUUGGGGAGUUUACCAGAGGAAAGAGCAACUAUGUCCGCCCUCCCUCCAAAGAGGGCAACAAAACCAGCUUUUACAACAGCUGCGUAGACUCCAAGUCUAACCCUUCAAUUUUUGUAAUUUUUGAGAAACACCAGAUUUAUCCAGAGUACCUAAUUGAGUACAAUUAGCAGGAGUAACAGUCUACUGCAAGAGUUAUGAAAUCAACCCUUUAUUUCGUGUGAAUUUUCCAUUUCUUGAUAAUGGAGUAAUGUCUCCACAAAUUGUGCAAUGUAGGCUUUAGACAACAUCUAACUUGUCUAUGUCUUUUUGGUGUUCAUAUUUUUUAUUCUCAUUUGGGUCACAGAGUGGCAUGAUAGAUUUUUAACAGGUAACUUGUGGCUAGAAGUAAAACAAAUUCUGGGGAAUGUAAAGAAAUGAUGUAGAUAAUAGAUUAUUAGCAAUUGCCUCUGUUAAACAACAUACAGCAAAAACAAAACCAGCUUUUAUUGUAGCAUUCCUGCUGCUCCUAUAGUGUAUACCGUUGAGGAAAUUGUAUUAAAGAUGUAAAAAAAUAAGCUUGUUACGCUUCUUCUACAGAAAUACUCCAAUUGUAUCAUGUUACAUAGAGAUUCAAACCAUUCCAACCAUUUGGGGAUUUAUGUAAGGCUGCUUGGUAAAUUCAUUAAUCAAAAUCAGUACUUUAUUGUGAUUGCGAUGUGUCACAAAUUAUUUGCAUAUUUUUUGUUUUUUUUGUUUUGUUUUUAAGAAUUACCACAGUAGUUUGUCAAAGAGGUUUUAAAAUUUAAAUUCUGUCUCUUUCCCAAUUAUGCUAAAUCAGGGAGGACAUUAUUUUGCAAUUAUUGAGAGUAUCAGAAUGUGUGAAUAUAUUGAAGCUUGAGAUAUAUAGACCUUUCAACAAAACAUUUCUCUAAAUAUAUUACUAGAAUAACUACUAUUAAUUAUUUUCAGUACUUUUUAUGUAUACUAUUGACUGAGUAAAAGGAGUAUUCCUCUGCCUUUUCCUAGUACUAGGUUAGACUGGAUGGGGAAAAAUACCCCUAUUUUAUAUUGUAUAUUUUUGUAUUAAUCACAAACAGUUGCUGUAAAGUUUGUUAGGAGCUGCCCACUCACUCACAAGUAAAUUCAAUGGUUAAUUAAUUAACAAUGAGCAAUUAGCUUCCCAGAUAGUGAGGUUUGUGGAAGAUAUGUCUGGCUUGCCAAUGAGCUGAAUUAAUAAUAACAAAGGAAGCCAUACUGAUGGGUGACAAUUUUUGCUUUUGUUUGUAAAAGUGUUUUUAUGUGUAGGUUAGAAAACCUGAUUUUCUUAAUCCAGUCACAAGGUUUUCUACUGUGUAUAAAUGCAUCAGUUUCUAUAUUUCUUGCUCGUUCAGUAGCCAGCUAAUACAGCUAUUGUUACCUAGAAAGGUAUUGUUGGGACCAUCCAAUUCACAGGCUGUAUUGAGGUGAGGGUUAUAAAGAGACACCACUUACUAUUCAAAUGAUAGACACUGUACCCUUAUAACUGGGGAAGCGCUAUAAGCAGUAGCCCUGCAGUGAGUUUUCUCUGUACAGAUCUGCAAAGUUGCUUUUCGGACCAAUAAAUCUUG